GUCAGUGUGGGUUGUGGUGUGAGAGAGGGAAGUCGACCAGCAAUUUGAAGCUAGCUCACUCUCUCCCUCCCUCUUUCUCUCUGUCUUUCUCUCUCUCACUCCCUCUCUCUCACUGCCUCCCUCCCUCCCUCCCUCCCAUCACGGCAAAGACAGCGUUCACAGUCUAAGAAUACUCAGUCGCCCCACGCGCAGGAUGAUGACGUCACGCGGUUCCAAUCUUUGAUUCUAGAGAUUUACCACCAGACUCCGGACUCCCUCUACGAGAAAUUGCGACCUUUCCACGCAAGUCUCGUGAGAGGAGGAGAGGAGGAGGCGAGAAGGGAGUGACGUCAGGGAUCACCUAGACUCUACCUUGCGUGCACACCUCAAUCAGCGAGCCAACCCGAGCAGCCCUGGCCACUUACACCAGCCAAUCUGACGCGACCCACAGACAACAUGACCUUCAGACUGGCCCUUCGCCUUGCCCUCUUGACCACCGCAGUGAUGGCGGCCCCCAACCAGCCCCAGCGUCAGGGGAACUCCACCAAAUCCCUGGCCGAUAACUAUGAGUACGUGUGCGAGCUGCGGGCGAGCGGAUCCGUGCCCGUGGCCAAGUACAGGAGCAAAAGGACGGGCCUCCACAUCGUGCUGGCCAGGAUAGAAGGGCCGCUCGUCAAUGGCUACUUCACUGUGGCAACGGAGGCUCACGAUGACGAUGGCCUGCCGCACACCCUGGAGCAUCUCAUCUUCCUGGGCAGCGAGGACUACCCCUACAAGGGCAUCCUCGACCUGCUGGCCAACCGCUGCCUGGCCUCAGGAACCAACGCCUGGACGGACACAGACCACACGGCCUACACGGUACAGACAGCAGGCAGUGAAGGCUUCCUCAACCUCCUGCCCAUCUACCUUGACCACCUCCUGUACCCCACGUUGACGGACUCUGCCUUCGUCACUGAGGUCUACCACAUCACCGGGGAGGGGGAAGAUGCUGGGGUGGUGUACUCUGAGAUGCAGGGCCGCGAGAACACCGACAGCGACCUGUGUCUGAGGGCCAUGCUGAGAGCCAUGUACCCGCCCGGCAGUGGGUACCGCUCAGAGACUGGCGGUAUCAUGAAAAACCUGAGGGAGAGCACGACCAAUGAGAAGAUCCGUAAGUACCACCAUGAAUUCUAUCGGCCGGAGAACCUCCAUGUCAUCAUCACAGGCAUGGUGGGGGCAGAGCAGGUGUUUGAGGCACUGGAACCCAUCGAGCAGAAGAUCAUGUCAAAGGGUGACCGUGGUCCCUUCACCCGGCCUUGGCAGAGCCCAGUGCCACCCCUCCAAGCCUCAGUGGAUGAGUUGGUCCUGUACCCCAGUGACACUGAGGACACAGGCAUGGUGUUGGCAUCCUGGAGGGGACCAUCUGCUGUUAAUGAGAUCACAGAACUAAUGAGUAUGUCCGUCCUGAUGGAGUACCUCACCCACUCCUCCGUUUCUCCGCUGCCCAAGAUAUUUGUGGAGGUGGAUGACCCCUUGGCAAGUAGUGUCCACCACAGCUGCUUUGAAAACUCUGUGUCCGCAUGUUACUUUGUAUUCAACGGUGUUCCAAAGGAGAAAGUGAACAGUGUGAGUCCCCUCCUGAUGGACACCCUUGGCAAGAUAGGCUCCGGGGAGAUGCCCAUUGACAUGGCAACAAUGAAAGACAUCCUCUCCAACCUGAUCCUCCUGCAGGACAGCAGCCUUGAGACAGUCCCUCACGACACCAUCGCCAACAGUGCCAUUGGUGACGCGCUCUAUGGCAAGACCUGUGAAAAUUUGGAUGUGCGGCUCAACAAGAAAUCUUGGUAUGAGGUGUUGCUGCGGAAGUCUUGCCAGUACUGGACUGAUCUGGUGUGUAAGUACUUCCUGGAGGGUCACUCAGUGGUGGUGCGAGGCGUGCCCUCCAUCGCUGAGUCCACGCGGCUGGAGGAGGAGGAGAAGGCACGGUCAGAGGCGAGGAAGACCCAGCUUGGUGAGGAGGGACUCAAGAUGUGGAAGGAGAAGGUGGAGAAGGCCAAGGAGACUAAUGAGAUUCCAGCACCAACUGCCAUGCUGGAGUUAGUACCAGUGCCAGGACUGGAGAGCAUCCACUUCCACCCUCUCACAGCCUACAACAACCACCUGGAGAACCACCCAAUCACAAUUGAAACCUACAGCAAUUCCACCGCCCUCGCCACCAAGCCACAGAUUGGUGAGCAGCUCCACCGCCUCCCCAUCAAAUUCCAGCUGGACGAUCUUCACUCAAACUUUGUGGAGAUGGCAGCAAUCCUGGACACCUCUCAAGUGCCUCCCGCCAAGCUUUCCUACCUCACCCUCCUCCUGGACCUCAUCUUUGAGUCGCCUAUCCUACGCGAUGGCUCACUCAUCCCCUACGAGGAGGUGGUGCGGGACCUGGCGGCGGACACACUCAGCAGGGAGGCAAGCGUUGGUCUGGUGCUGAGAGGCGGGCGGCGUUUCUCCUGCGGCUCGUUUUGUAACAAUGCAGCGGUGGUGCUUAAGGUUGAGAUGGCCCAGUACGAGAAGGGUGUGCAGUGGCUGCGGGAGGCACUGUUCAGGAGUCAGUUUGUGGGUCAGAGAGUCAGGGUCAAGGCCAACAAGCUCAUCAACUCCAUCGGCGACCGCAAGCGCAGCGGACCCAAGCUUCUUGACCUCAUGUUCCAUAACAUUGUCUUCAAGAAGACCACCAACCAGAACCAGCAGAGCAUCUUGAAGCAGGAAAAGUUCUUGAACUCACUCCUGGAGAGACUCGACACGGAGGAGGAGGUGGUGCUGAGAGAUCUGGAGGAGGUGCGACAAGCCAUCACAGCCCCGGAGCGCAUCACAAUCCACAUGGCAACAGACCUGGAGAAGCUGUCAGUAAGCACAGAUCCCUUCACUGCAUGGAUGACCUUCUUGGAUGCCAACAAGACCAGCCCAACCAAGGAGAAGUUCCUCAACGUCAUCCCGGACAGCAGCAUGCACUCCUACGAGGACCUUGGGGCAUACACUGGCUACCUGAGUGGUGUGGGGUCAGUGGAGUCUGGCUACCUCCUGCAGGCCACUCGCAGCAUCACAGAGCACAGGGACUGGGACCUUCCACCCCUGCUCACGGCCAUUCAGUACUUGACGCAGCUUGAGGGUCCGAUGUGGAGAGAGAUCCGAGGGCGAGGAUUGGCCUACUCCUCCAACCUGUACCUGAACCCCGCCCAGGGCCUGCUCAUUCUGAAGCUCCUGAGGGCAUCACAGCUCACCCGUGCAUACAAGGAGGCCCUCAACAUACUGAACUCACACAUCAACGGCACCACGGCCUGGGAGAACACACUGCUGGAGUCGGCCCGAAGUUCACUGAUGUUUGAGGUUAUUGAGCGGGAGGCGGUGGUGACGGACGUGGCCCAGCAGUCACUCCUCUCAUACUUCAGAAAGGUGCCACAGACCUACACCAGAGAGCUCAUCGACAGGAUUGCUAAGGUCACACUGGAGGACGUGAAGCGUGUUGCCCUCAAGUACUUCACGCCCCUCGUGCAUCCCAAGACCUCCAAGACCGUCGUUGUCUGCCACCCAUCCAACAUAAAGGAGACCAUUUCAGACCUGGAGAAGUUUGGCCAAAAUCUAAAUGUAGUGGAAGCCCUUGAAAGUAGCAGAUUUGCCUAAUGGACCACAGGUUAAAUGAACCUGGCCAUGACUACCACCACCACGACUGCUACAAAGCUAAAUCUUCAUGGCACCUGCCAGAGCAGUAACAACCUUUCUGUUCCUCGUCACCAUCUUCAGUGUCACAUCAACAAGCAAAGUCCACAGAACAAGAACAAAAUGAAAGUCUUGAGGGUCACACUAAGAACAGAAAAAAACAGGGCAUCAGUAGAACAAGAGUAGAACAAAACAGUCUUGAGGGUCACACUUCAGAAAAAUAAGCAGGGCAAUAGAAAAUUCAAAGUCUUGGUUACAUACACCAGAAGAAAAUAGAAAUCAAUUGUUGAUAGAUUUAUUUUCAAGUGUUUAUUUUUGUAUCCUUGCAUAAUGUAACGUAUGCUACAAGAAGAGACUAGUUAAUCACUGAACUAACAGAUGUGCUUGAGAGUAGUUUGUAAUGUUUAGUGUUUGUUUACUGCACUGGUGCUUUUGAUUUACACACGUUUUAAUGUCACUUUCCUUAUAAGAGAGUAUGUAUUUACUUUAAUCCUACGUAAUUCAGUAUCCUGAAGCUCUUUUAGGUUAUUGCUUCCCUAAGAAUAAGAUCAGUCUUGUGUGAUGUGAGAUCUUAAGGAGACAUUAUUAUUUUUAUCUUCACUUAAGUUACAAGAGAAUAAUAUAACAUCGUCUGAGAACAUACUUAUGUAGCAUUAUUUUUAACAUAUCAUUAUUUUUGUCACCAGCCUUGAGAAGGGUGCUUCAGGCAUUAAAAAGACAAGAUAACAGAUCAUGUACCACUUGACGCAAUAUAUCACAGCAGCCUCGCUAGACUAGGAGAAAUAAUUUAUUAUGUUUGAAAUAUUCCUUUGCAACCACAGUGCUUAUAAGGGUCAGACUCAGGGUAACACGUCUUUUGAAUAUCUCUUUCUUCUUUCCCUGGAGACUUAUAUUAUUAUUAUUGUUAGUAUUAUUGCUAUUAUUAUUAUUAUUAUUGUUAUUAACCUAAGUAGCAGCAGCUCCUUCAUGACAGCUUAGUGGGGUACACACACACACACACAAACACAGUAAUGGUGAGCACUGCAACACUGCCUUACAUAACAAAUCAAGGGCACUUAAUGCAACAUAUAUACUACCCAGAACAAGAAUGUGAAUUGGUCUCGUUUUCAUUCCAUGAUUUUUUAGCCUCGGUUUACUACUUCAAAUGUCAGUUUUAGGGAUUAAAUGUAAACUUUUUUAAGUGCAAUGGCAAAUCUUAGCUUUAAAUUACUUUUGGAGCAGUAUUUUUUUAAUCACACAAAUGCACACAUACGGCAAAUAAAUAUUGAUUAUGUUGAUAUAAUCAUACAUUCCUCAGCCCUUAUUUUUGAUGGCAUGGGAACAUUUAAGUCUUUAAAUACUGUAAAUGCACACACUCACACACAUUGGAGAGGCAGCGGCUGAGUGGUCAGUGUGCAGGCAUAGUGUCCUGGAGGACCUGGGUUUAAGUACUGCCUGCCACUGCAAGCUGACAAUUUUCUGUCAUUGCUGAGUAGCCAAAGACUAUCCACAUAAUGCCCUGAUGACCACCUAGCAACCUGGACUCUGGUGAAAUUCACUAAAGGGAAUUAAGUGGAACUCCAGGGGAUAGUAUAAACUAACCAAAAAUGGUGCCACUAUAAACACUUUCCUACACCACUAACAGACUAGGGCUGACCAACACGCCCUAUCAAGAAUGCCUAACGGCACAAUUGGUUGAACCUAACAAAAGGGUGGGAACUUGUAACACACACACACACACACACACACACACACACACACACACACACACACACACACACACACACACACGUGUUGAGGUAAGGUAAAGCUAUGAUGAUGAGGGGGGGGGGGGUUGAAAUAGGUGGGGGGUAGGAGUGGGAGGAGGAUGGUUUGAGGGAAUCGGCUGCCUGUAUAAAAUUGUCCAAGGAAAAAAAAAUAGUUAAAGCAAAUAUUGGCUUUUAAGUUAGGAAAGGUAGGAAAACAUUCAUGAAAGCGAAUUUGCAUUGCAUGAACUUUCAUAAAGUUAAGUUUGCCUGUACCAAUACUUUGUUGACUUUUCUUUUUUUGUCUUAAAAGCUUUUUUUCCCAUGCUCACAUGGGGUUGCUGUUUGGGAAUUGUGGCUUAGAGAUGCCCUUCCUGACAUCAUGCAUUGUAACUAAGAUUCAAGCUGCCUUGCCCUGGCUCUUACCCUCCAUGGCUUGGCACUCUUACCUGCUAGACCACCAUGCCCCACCCACCACUACUUUCUGUACUACCACUAAACAACAACAACUAACCUUUCCAUUUGCAAUCCUCAAUUCCUCUUGGAGUGAGUCUGCCAUCAAGGACACUUAGGUGGAACUUGAGCUCUCAUUCUCCCAUAUUGAUGCUGCCAGUUGCUUCUUGAGCUCUUUCACCUCCCCCUCCUGCACGCCAGCCAUGCCCGGUGGAGUCACCAUCAUACCUUGCUGCUCCACAUCCUUGUCCUUCUGUUUCUCCAGGGCUUCACUCAUGCUCCUCCUCUCAGCACACACCUCAUAAUCCUGCAUAAAUCUGUCCAUGCUCUCCUGUAGUUCCUCAACUCUUGAAAGUCUCGGUUUCAUUGGUGACUCCAUUUUCCACAGAGGCAGAGUGGGGGGAGUUAAAACAAAAGUUUGGGAGGUGUACAUUCCUAACCUCAACCUCCUGUACCAUACAAGCUACAUUUUCUUUGGUUGCUUAUAAUAAUACAUAAAGAAAUACACAUUUAUAGUCUCCAGGUUUCAGGGAUAAUUAAUACUUUGAAAUCUGGCUGCAGUGAAACUAUUAGCAUGCCAAGGUUCACUUAGGUGUAUUAUAGAUUUUACUGAAUGUAAUUGUGUGUGGAUCUGCUCAAAUUACUUGAAACAAUCAAAAGUAUCAAGAAACUUCUGGCCUUAACAAAUAUUUUUCUUUUUGAAGACUUGUUUUCUUUGUUGAGAUGGCAUGAGAGCUUGUUAGCUUUUUUAACUCUUGAUCUUCCUCCUCUUACUGGAAAAAAAAAGUCUUCCAAUGUUUGCUUAGGCUGUGAAAGGAGAGUUUGUAAGCCGAGUGUUGUGUUGUGCCAGGCUUGUGUUCCUGUGCUGCAGGUGUCAACAUGCAGCAUUACAUUCAAGUAACACAAAAAUGAGUAGAAUGGUGAAGUAUUCCAAUUGUGUUGCUGUUUCUGCCAUACCAUUACUAAUACAGACAACGCUUGCACACAUGUGCUCUCACACACACACACACACACACACACACACACACACACACACACCUAAGUAAGUUUACAUUCACCUAUUUAUUAUUAAACAGAAUAAAUUUUUAUAUGCCU